GUACAUGUACUGGACGGACUGGGGCGAGGUUCCUAAGAUCGAGCGAGCGGGGAUGGACGGUACAAGCAGAGCCAUGAUCAUUGAUAAGGAGAUCUACUGGCCCAACGGUCUCACGCUGGACUACAGCCGGGAGAAACUGUACUGGGCGGACGCAAAGUUCAGCUUCAUACACCGCUCCAAUCUGGACGGCACUGGGAGGGAGGUGGUGGUUAAGGGAGACCUCCCUCACCCCUUUGCUCUGACGCUGUACGAGGAGACUCUCUUCUGGACGGACUGGAGCACUCAUUCCAUCCACUCGUGUCAGAAAGAGACCGGGGAGGAUCGGAGGGAGGUCCACUCGGACAUCUUCUCUCCCAUGGACAUACACGUCUACAGCCAGGAGAGACAGCCGCUACUGUCUUCACCGUGCUCCGUGAGGAACGGAGGGUGUUCCCAUCUGUGUCUCCUGUCUCCUGUUACUCCUUACUACCAGUGUGCCUGUCCCACCGGAGUCCAGCUGCUGGAGGACAGCAAGACCUGCAGAGACGGUCCCACUCAGCUCCUCCUCCUGGCCCGGCGGACUGACCUGCGCCGCAUCUCCCUGGAUACGCCCGACUUUACCGACAUCAUCCUCCAGACGGACGACAUCCGCCACGCCAUCGCCAUCGACUACGACCCGGUGGACGGACACAUCUAUUGGACGGACGACGAGGUCAGGGCCAUCAGGAGGUCCUACUUGGACGGUUCUGACGCUCAGUUCAUCGUCACCUCACAGGUGAACCACCCCGACGGCAUCGCGGUGGACUGGAUCGCCCGGAACCUGUACUGGACGGACACGGGAACGGACCGCAUCGAGGUGACACGCCUCAACGGAACCAUGCGGAAGAUCUUGAUAUCAGAGGACCUGGACGAACCACGAGCCAUCGUACUGGAUCCUGUCGCUGGGUACAUGUACUGGACAGACUGGGGCGAGGUUCCUAAGAUAGAGCGUGCGGACCUGGACGGGACGGAGAGGCUGGUGAUGGUCAACACCUCCCUGGGCUGGCCCAAUGGACUGGCGCUGGACUACACGGACCGGAUGAUCUACUGGGGCGACGCCAAGACGGACAAGAUCGAGGUGAUGAGUAUGGACGGUUCAGGCAGGAGGGUCCUAGUAGAAGACAAGCUGCCUCACAUCUUUGGCUUCACUCUGCUGGGGGACUAUGUGUAUUGGACAGACUGGCAGAGACGCAGCAUCGAGAGGGUCCACAAGCACACCACAGAGAGAGAGUUCAUCAUUGACCAGCUACCAGACCUGAUGGGGCUCAAAGCUACAUAUGUACACCAGACCUUCGGUACCAACCUGUGUGCGGAGUCUAAUGGUGGGUGUAGCCACCUCUGCCUGUAUAAGCCGGUGGGCGUCCAGUGUGCCUGUCCCAUUGGUCUGGAGCUGAUAGCUGACCUGUCCACCUGCAUCGUCCCAGAAGCCUUCCUCCUCUUCUCCCGUCACACAGACAUCAGACGCAUCUCCUUGGAAACCAACAACAACGACGUGGCCAUCCCGCUGACCGGGGUUAAAGAGGCGUCCGCGCUCGACUUUGACAUCACCGACAACCGUAUCUACUGGACGGAUAUCACCUUGAAGACGAUCAGUCGUGCGUUUAUGAACGGCAGCUCUCUAGAACACGUGGUGGAGUUUGGCCUGGACUACCCAGAAGGCAUGGCGGUGGACUGGCUGGGGAAGAAUCUGUACUGGGCGGACACGGGGACCAAUCGUAUCGAGGUGGCCAAGCUGGACGGACAGCACAGACAGGUCCUAGUCUGGAAAGAUCUGGACAGCCCUCGAGCCCUGGCACUGGACCCUGCUGAAGGGUUUAUGUACUGGACAGAGUGGGGCGGGAAGCCCAAGAUUGACCGGUCAGCAAUGGACGGGACGGGUCGGGUCACUCUGGUACCCAAUGUGGGCCGAGCCAACGGGCUGACCAUCGACUAUGCCGAGAGACGCCUUUACUGGACGGACCUGGACACCACACUGAUAGAGUCAUCCAACAUGCUGGGUCUGGAGCGUGAGGUUAUAGCAGACGACCUCCCCCACCCCUUUGGUCUGACUCAGUACCAGGACUACAUCUAUUGGACGGACUGGUCUCAGCGCAGCAUCGAACGGGCCAAUAAGACUUCGGGCCAGAACCGGACGGUCAUCCAGGGUCACCUAGACUACGUGAUGGACAUCUUGGUCUUCCACUCGUCACGCCAGGGGGGCUGGAACGCCUGCGCCUCCACCAAUGGGCAAUGCUCACACCUCUGUCUGGCUGUACCAAUCAGCAGCUUCGUCUGCGGAUGCCCCGCCCACUUCUCCCUCAACUAUGACAACAAGACCUGCAGUGCCCCCACGUCCUUCCUCCUGUUCAGUCAGAAGUCGGCCAUUAACCGGAUGGUGAUGGAUGAGCAUCAGUCUCCGGACAUCAUCCUUCCCAUCCACAGUCUGAGGAACGUCAGGGCCGUAGACUACGACCCGCUGGAUAAACAGCUGUACUGGAUCGACUCCAAACAGAACGCCAUCCGCAGAGCGCAGGAGAACGGGAACAUGAGUAUGACGGUGGUGUGGAGCCCAGUGGGCGGUCCUAACCUGGGCCUCCAGCCGUUUGACCUGAGCAUCGACAUCUACAGCCGCUUCAUCUACUGGACCAGCGAGGUCACUAAUGUUAUCAACGUGACGAGGAUCGACGGCCGCCGGGUGGGAGUGGUGCUGAGAGGAGAACACGACAGACCCAGAACCAUCGUGGUCAACCCAGAGCGAGGGUACAUGUACUUCACCAAUCUGCAGGAUCGCAGUCCUAAGAUAGAACGAGCGGCGCUGGACGGGACAGAGAGAGAGGUGCUGUUCUUCAGUGGCUUGGGGAAGCCCGUUGCCCUGGCCGUAGACAAUGAGGUCGGCAAGCUGUUCUGGGCCGACUCCGACCUCCGACGCAUCGAGAGCAGUGACCUAUCAGGAGCCAAUCGUAUAGUGAUUGAGGACUCCAACAUCCUCCAGCCGGUUGGUCUGACGGUGUUUGGUAACCACCUGUACUGGAUCGACCGUCAGCAGCAGAUGAUUGAACGCAUAGACAAGACGACCAGGGAGGGAAGGACCAAGAUCCAGGCUCGCAUCGCCUCUCUCAGCGACAUUCACGCUGUCUACGACCUCGACAUGAGAGAGUACAGUAAGCACCCUUGUACCUGGGACAACGGAGGCUGUUCUCACAUCUGUAUCGUCAAGGGAGACGGAACCACACGCUGCUCCUGUCCUGUUCAUCUGGUCCUGCUGCAGAAUGAACUCUCCUGUGGAGAACCCCCCACCUGUUCCCCAGAACAGUUCUCCUGUGUAUCCGGGGAGGUGGACUGUAUCCCCCACGCGUGGCGGUGUGACGGCUACCCAGAGUGUGACGACAGCAGUGAUGAGGGAGACUGUCCUGUCUGUUCAGAUUCAGAGUUUCAGUGUGACUCCAGACAGUGUGUUGACCUCGGCCUCCGCUGCAACGGGGAGGUCAACUGUCAGGAUCGCUCAGACGAGAACAAAUGUGAAGUGCGUUGCUCCCCAGACCACUUCAGCUGUUCUAGCGGUCAGUGUGUUGGGAAACAUCAGAAAUGUGAUCACUCUACAGACUGCUCUGACAACUCGGACGAGAUGGGCUGCUACCCGACAGAAGAGCCGUCCUCCCAGCCCACCAACACCAUCGGCUCCAUUGUGGGCGUUGUCAUGGCGCUGUUUGUGGUGGGUGCCAUCUACCUGGUGUGCCAGCGUGUCCUCUGUCCCCAGAUGAAGGACGACAGGGAGACGGUAACCAAUGACCUGGUGGUCCACGGGCCCUCUGUUUCUCUGGGUUAUGUACCUCACCCUGCCUCUCUGUCCGGGUCUCUGCCAGGUAUGUCCAGAGGGAAGUCUGUGAUUGGUUCGUUGAGCAUCAUGGGCGGGUCCAGCGGCCCCCCUUACGACCGCGCCCACGUGACCGGAGCCUCCUCCUCAAGCUCCUCCUCCACCAAGGGCACUUACUUCCCCCCGAUCCUGAACCCUCCUCCGUCUCCAGCGACUGUCAGGUCUCAGUAUACCAUGGAGUUUGGCUACUCCUCCAACAGCCCGUCAACACACCGUUCAUACAGUUACCGUCCCUACACCUACAGCCACUUCGCUCCGCCCACAACCCCUUGCUCCACGGACGUCUGCGACAGCGACUACACCCCCGGACGCCGCGCCCCGCCCACCUCUAACUCCGGCGUCGUCAAAGGUUACACCAGCGACCUGAACUACGACUCGGAACCCUUUCCCCCGCCCCCAACGCCCCGCAGCCAAUACCUGUCAACGGAGGAGAACUGUGAGAGCUGCCCCCCCUCCCCUUAUACGGAGCGCUCCUACUCUCACCACCUCUACCCCCCGCCCCCCUCACCCUGCACAGACUCCUCCUGAAACCCCUCGCUGUGUACAGAACAAUUGUUGAUAUUGUGUUUUUAAAAGAGGAGGAGAGACGGAGGAGGGAGGAAGGAGGCGGUUGACGAGGGGGAGGGAUGUACAGAACAUUUGAAAAGAGAAAAACAGGAAGCUCGUUCGGGGUGGUAGAGCGAGCUCCGGGAACAUUUUGUACAUUUUUAAAAAAUAGACAAAAAAUGCAUAUUUAUAUAUUUUCUAUACAGCGUUUACCGUCGCAGAGGUUUGUAUUCAAACAUUUGUACAUUUUUUUUUUAAGAAAACGUUUUAUUAAAAUCAUCACAAACAUGAUAAGUUGCCUUAAAUCCAGAAGAGACAAACAGGUUGUUUUACUGGAGGAACAUUCAGCACGGAGAUGGAACUAUCUGACGCCAAAUAACACGACGUUACAACGCUAGGAACGAGGAGAGGAUGGAGGAUGACGCCCCCUGGAGGCGACAGACAGCUACUGGCCGUUGGAACGAGGAGAGGAUGGAGGGAGGGAGGGGUGAGGCAGGAUGACGCCCCCUGGAGGCGACAGACAGCUACUGGCCGUUGGAACGAGGAGAGGAUGGAGGGAGGGAGGGGUGAGGCAGGAUGACGCCCCCCUGGAGGCGACAGACAGCUACUGGCCGUUGGAACGAGGAGAGGAUGGAGGGAGGGGUGAGGCAGGAUGACGCCCCCCUGGAGGCGACAGACAGCUACUGGCCGUUGGAACGAGGAGAGGAUGGAGGGAGGGAGGGGUGAGGCAGGAUGACGCCCCCCUGGAGGCGACAGACAGCUACUGGCCGUUGGAACGAGGAGAGGAUGGAGGGGUGAGGGAGGGAGGGGUGAGGCAGGAUGACGCCCCCUGGAGGCGACAGACAGCUACUGGCCGUUGGAACGAGGAGAGGAUGGAGGGGUGAGGCAGGAUGACGCCCCCUGGAGGCGACAGACAGCUACUGCACCAUGGCACUCUGCAUCCUGGGCAGCAAUUUUGUAGUGGAUCAGUGAUCGCCGUAGUAACCAGUCAGCUGGUUUCCAUAGUAACAGACAACAAGGUGUACUGAGUGAUUUGAGCUCCUUUUAAUGGUUUCCUGGUUUUCCAGGACUUCCUGUCUGCCUGUCGGCAUGUAUUGCUUCAACUAGGUACUACAUAUUAUACAAGGUCCUUAUCAGUCAUCUAACAGGGUACAUACAGAACCUCUGACCCGACCCAGGACCCCUCAUCACUACCACAACACUCCUAACCCGACCCAGGGCCCCUCAUCACUACCACAACACUCCUGACCCGACCCAGGACCCCUCAUCACUACCACAACACUCCUGACCCGACCCAGGUCCCCUCAUCACUCCUGACCCGACCCAGGGUCCCUCAAUACUACCACAACACUCCUGACCCGACCCAGGGCCCCUCAUCACUCCUGACCCGACCCAGGGCCCCUCAUCACUACCACAACACUCCUGACCCGACCCAGGGCCCCUCAUCACUCCUGACCCGACCCAGGGCCCCUCAUCACUCCUGACCCGACCCACGGCCCUUCAUCACUACCACAACACUCCUGACCCCACCCCGGGCCCCUCAUCACUACCACAUCACUCCUGAACCGACCCAGGGCCCCUCAUCACUCCUGACCCGACCCAGGACCCCUCAUCACUACCACAACACUCCUGACCCGACCCAGGGCCCCUCAUCACUCCUGACCCGACCCAGGGCCCCUCAUCACUACCACAACACUCCUGACCCGACCCAGGGUCCCUCAUCACUACCACAACACUCCUGACCCGACCCAGGGCCCCUCAUCACUACCACAACACUCCUGACCCGACCCAGGUCCCCUCAUCACUCCUGACCCGACCCAGGUCCCCUCAUCACUCCUAACCCG